AUGGGAGCUUCAUCGAGUUAUGCCGGGGAAGAAGAGGCCAGUUAUCGAGUAGAACAAGCCCAGCACUUCUCAAGCCUGGAUCCUGUGAAGAUUGCCCCCAUUCGAAGUUAUCAAGACGAAGACUGUUGCGAUACCGACAUCACCUCGACUACCUACAGCAUGAGUUGUGAUUCUUGGAGUGACCCAGCCAUUCGAUGGUCCCAGAACCGACACGAUGGUGUUUCCCCAGCGAUGAUACCACGCCGACAAGAUUCAGUCCACAACAGGACCAGCGCAGGACCACCACGCCUUCCCGCACGAGCUCGUUCCACUCAUUUCAGCGACUCGGGAAAGAGGUCAACAUCCUCGCUGCCGCCACGAUGCCUGUCAGACCCUCUGCCGUUUCACCGUCGAGGCAGUGUAGCUUCGGCACCUGAAAGACCCACAAGAAUGCCAUCAACCCAUUCUCCAAGGAUCCAAGAUCGAGCCCCGCCCGCCAUGCCCCGUAGAUCACCCACUCUCCACGGCGUCAUGGAGGACAGAUCCGAGCCGGAGAGCGCUUGCCCCCCUUUCUUUGAUGCUACAUGUGUUGCUGGGCCCAGCAGCCAGAAGGAAAGAACCAUGGUGGAGAUUGCCCCUGGUGUGUCCAUCCCGCUUCGCACAAGCGAAGAAACGUUGGAAGCCAUCAGGAACGACUACUUUGUCCCAACUACUUGUGUUGCCUGCACCGCAGAUCUGUUUUGCAUCGAAGAUGCCAGGUACUCUGUUUGCCCCUGCUGCAGGACAGUGAGUCAAUUGGAGGCAGCCAUGGCUGACAGGGAGGGACAACAUCACGGCGUGGGCAUGGGCUUCACAGGCAGCACACUGUGGCAAGCACAGUCCGACAUUAUGGCCCAGCACCAGCAAACAAGAAGGUUCAGCCGAUAG